GCGGACCGAGCCGACUUAAACUCAGGGGCCCGGGAGGCCAGAGCGUCCUCCCUGCUUGCCCGCGCUGGGUCGCUCGCCGGUCGGACCAAAGAAGUAAACACUGUGUGAAGGGGGAACACAUUUUCAGAGGGAAAUGGGAACAUACACAAUAAUACAAGAGUAAGAGUAAUUUAUUGAAUUACAUCAUUAGAAGUUCAAGUAGCUCCAUCUUCGACUGGAUCUAGCAUGUGAAUCUAAGGAAAGAAAAUUUUUAGGCUUUAGAGACACUCCUGUCUUUGAGCUCUGCUGUCUUCAGCAUUGACUUCAUUCUCCCUUCAUUGAGUGGCUGCAGCAUAUCCAGUUUAUGACAGCAAAAUACAAUAUAUGACCAACAGAGAGAAGAGAGAGAAGGCUCAGGCAAAGUUCAUGGAGGGAGAAAGCCAUGUGGCUGUCAUUGGUGAACCUUGAUGAUGAUACCUGGGACGUACUUUGCUGACUUGGCUCUGUGUGGAGCCCUGACCUCCACAAAACACCUGAACAUCCUGCCAGGAUCAGGGUCAAGUCAGUUUUUUCCAUUGUUGCCUAAGAGAAAAGUACAGUUAAUUAAGGUUGAAGCCUUAACCCCUAUUGUAACUAUUUGAAGAGAAGGCCUUUAGGGAGGUAAUUAAGGUUAAACGACAUUACAAGGGUGGGGCUCUGACUCCGUAGGACUGGUAUCCUAAGUAGAGGAAGAGGCACCAGAGCACUUUUUCUAUAUUCCUGACAUUAAAAGCAACUGUUAACACACUGCUGCUACAUCAAAUCAGCAAUGAAUUGGAAUGCAAAACCAGAGAAUGUCACCUUACCACCACAGUAUCCUAAAAAGCAGUCAUGUUUUUUGGAGCAGGCAUUAAUAAAUACACUUAACACAACAUCUCAAAGUUCUUUAAACUAUCCUGGAAGUAACCAAGAAGCAUGUAUUCUUGGUAUUUCAAAUCCAAUUUCACAGCCACUGCUAAAUAUCAGGAAUUACACAACUCCUCAGCAAAUCCCUUUUCCUGAUAUGCAUAAUGGGACACUUGUGGCCUCACAGACUUCAGUAGAACGAAUCACAUAUGCAAAUGUUAAUGGAUCCAAACAGCUAAAUCACAAUUUGCAAACGUCUUCAGGAGUUACCCAAAAUGUAUGGUUGAACUCACCAAUGAGAAAUCCUAUGAUUUCUCAUGCAGGUGCAACUAUGUCCCAUCAGACUGGUUUUGGAACUAAUACACCUAGUAUACAUGCACUACAGAACCAGUUUGUAACAUCAGACUCCUAUUCUGUGCAACUACAAAUGAUCCCUUCUAAUUCUGCAAGAGUUCCUGUAACUUACCAGGGAGCCCCAGGACUUAACCCAUCUUUAUCAGAACGACAGGUUGAUUGGACACCACAAUAUACAUCCAGUGGACUGACUUAUCCAGAUUACAGACCACUUUCAAAGCAAUACAGUUACUCAUCACGAAGCUUUUUGCCAGAUCCUGCUCCUCAAAAACAAACCUCUGUGCCAUCAACAUCAUUGCAUAUUAAAAAUGUUAACCCUCCAGUUUCUCCACAGACUUUGCAGUCAAAGCAGACUGCAGCCAUACAGUCCUAUCAAUAUGCAGUUACUCAAACUGACAAAAGACCUCCACCUCCUCCUUAUGAUUGUAGAUAUGCAGGCCAGCCUUUGCAGAGUACUCAGCAUGUUAUUAAACAGGCUUCUGUGGACAUUCCUCAGAGUCAAGAACUGCACUUACCUGAAAUGAGGAAAGACUACUCCCGAAGCUUUCAACAGCAUUGGCAAAACCUUAAUGAAAAUGUCAGCACAGUUGGAAAUUCCUGUAACUUGAAAGUAAAUACCAAUGUCACUCAGCCUUUUAGUGAACCUGUUAGAUCUUCUGUGGAUGGUGCUCAGGCCCUUGCUCAAAAUAAUCAAGAGAGAAGAAGAGACUGUGAUGUAACUUCAAAUCAGGUACUGGACACAAGUGCCACAAAAGAAAAGUUAGUGAGGGAUAUUAAAACAUUAGUAGAAAUAAAAAAGAAGUUCUCGGAACUUGCAAGGAAAAUUAAAAUUAAUAAAAAUCUUCUGAUGGCAGCAGGUUGUAUUAAAACAACUGAUACCUCUUAUAAUGAAGUAGCUCCAAAUUCUGAAUUAUCUCUGAAACAAACUGCCCAAAUCCAGUCUGGACCACAAGUGACCCUAGGGACUAAAGAGGAUAAACCACGAACCAUAACAGAAUCUACAAAAGAAACAAAUAGAACACACAAUAGAAUGAAUUCCAACAUUCAGGACCCAAACUGGGGAAAUUGUAACCAAGUGAAUUCUGUUUUACUAAAUUCUGUCUGUUCAGAAAAGUUGCCUAUGCCAGACAAGUUACAUGAUUUAAAAGUUAGGACUUCUUCAAAGACAUCAACUGUUGAGAUUACCCAGGCAACAUUAAGUAACACUCAGAUUUCAUCAGGAAAUGUCAAUGUUGAACUAAAUGUGCCAACAAAUUCUGAAACUACUAGUGUCCCUCAGUCUACAUCCUUUGAGGAAUAUGUUUCAAAAUACCCAAAUAAAAAUACACUAAUUCUCAGUCUGCUUACAUGUAGAGAUCAGCCUCAGGAGAGAUUACUUAAAAAUGCUAGUGAAACUAUUCAGGGUUCUAAACCACAUGGUUUUGAAAUUAACCCAAAUACUCAAAUCACUGGUAACCAACUGUCUUCGAAAACUAUGGAAACUCCAAGUACUUGUAAUCUAAAUGCCAGGGUUUUAGACAACUCCUUUUUCCUCGAGCAUAAAUCCUCAAGUGGAAUGCCUUCUGACAGUGACAAACGCUUUUCUAUGGAAUUGCUAGCAACCUGUCUUUCUCUGUGGAAAAAGCCUUCAGAAUCUACAGAGGAAAAACAGUAUAAUGAGUCAAAAAACAGAACAGCAGUUGGAGUUUCAAAGCCUGUGGAAACCUGUGAUAAGAGUCCGUUUUCAAUUAUAGGAAAUUCUCAUAAUAAGAAGGUAAACACCUCACAAGAAACAACUUUGUCAACAGUAGUACAGAAUUACGAGUCUUCCAGUGCAGCUGUUACAAAGGGAACAGAACUUCAGGUUGCUGUGGUGUCUCCCUUAAUUCUUUCAGAUGUCAAAACAUUGUCUGCCAAAGGAAUAACACCUGAAGCUGUACCUGAAACACUGUAUCCAGUUAUUAAGGAAGGCAGUGUUUGUAGCUUACAAAAUCAGCUGGCAGAAAAUACAAGUGUUACUGCUGCUUUGAAAGCUAAUCUUAAUGAACCAGUUGCUGGUACCUCAACAGACACAAAGAUGUUCUCACCAAUUCAGAAGGAAGAGCAAAGUGAGUCAACUAAUUCAGAUGACACACCUAAAAGCAAUCAAGAGAAGCCUAUCAAGUUAGAACCAGAUACCCACUGUUCUGUGAGUGAACAGCAAGCCUCAUACAAGUCAAGGAACACUGAUACUGUUAGUGGUGAUAUGUUACAUAUUGACAAUAUUUGUUCUCUUGUUGAAGGUGAUACAUCUUACAAUUCCCAAAUAGCAAAGAUAUUUAACAUGCCUCCUUUGAAAAGGGUUGAGCCACAGAAAUCUCUACCUACUCAAGUGAUUACUAAAGAACAACAAAAAGAACAAAUAGACAGCCUCACUGAAAACAAAGACUUUCGUUUUCAAAAUGAUAAUUUUUCACAGUGCACAGAUGUUUCGUGUAAAAUAACUGAUCAGGCAGAAUCUCUGCAACCUCCAGAGUCAUCUUCAGAGUAUGUUAAAGUGGAUAGUGGAAUUCUAGAGGAGAGUAACAUGGACCAUAUCACUAAAAAAGAAAGCACAGCUAAUGAUAUGUGUUCAUUGUCAGCUAUUCAGCAGGAUAGUUGUCCUCAGGAAGUUGACAUGUCUGGCAGUUACACUGCCCAAGAUCCUCCGGGAAGUGAGAUUCUCAGUGAUAAAGCAUCUGUCUUAUACCUACAUGAUCAGCUGUCAGAACUCUUAAAAGAAUUUCCCUAUGGUAUUGAAGCUGUGAACACACAUGAAGGUUCUGUGACCCAGCAAAUAACAAACCAAAUCUUGAAAGAUCAAACUUGUGAUAAAACUGGUUGCGACUCUAAGGACUCAGCAGACCAAAUACAAAUUACAAUAUUAAACUCAGAGCAAAUGAGAGAAUUAUUUCCUGAACAUGAUGAUCAGCUCUGUGAGGUAGACAAGUUGAUGGAAUAUCAGAAAGAACAACCUAUAAAAAAAGGGAGCAGCCAGUGUGACCCACAAGCAGAUACAGAUGGAAAGACUGAGGAUACCUCAGUAGAUUCAGAGAAAGAUGAUGUCGGUUGCUGUGCAUUGGGGUGGCUAUCUAUGGUUUAUGAAGGAGUACCCCAGUGUCAGUGUAGUUCCAUGAACAAUUCAAUUUCAAAAGAAGAAGGGGAAAAUCAGUGUUCUCCUUCAAAGAUUAACAGUUGUGAACAAGAAGAAAGAACUUCUGAUAGAAAUGUACCUGUUGGGUGUAAUAGUUCUCUAAAUAACAGUCCGAAAAUUCCUUCGACUUCUCCAGAUACAAAAAAACAUUUUUCUGAAAUAGAGCAAGGCAAAAAUAGAAAUGAUAUGCCUAAAACAAAACAUAAGUCAGUGAGGACAGAACAAGAAGUAUCAGGUCAGUUUUUAUCUAAAGGUGAUAAAAAACUAGAUUCCAUGCAAAGUCACAAAAGAAAAAGAAAAUUGCAGUUUCAUGAGGUAACUUUUAAUACCAGUAAUAAAAUGACAAAAUUUUCUCAAGAGAGCCUGCAACAGAAGCUCAUGGCACAAAACUUACGUCCACUAAAACCAAAGGCAGGGUUUUUGACAAGUAAAAAUAAAGAUCUACGUAUGAAGAGUGGUUCUUUGGUACAGUCACUAUCCCCAGAGAAAAUAAAAUUGAAAGUAGGUGGCUUAAGACAAAAAGUUUUGGAAAAAAGGAAGUUAGAUGAUGGGAGCAAACUUGAUUCAAAGAUGAAGAAGAAAUAUGAACGGGAGCAGAACAAAAGUAUGGGAGAUAGUACCCUUAAAUUACUUAAUUUUUUGUCAGUUACAAAUGAAAGACCUAGGGUUAAAGAAAAGGCAGUAUCACAUGUUAAGUCCUCAGUUUCUAAGGAUAGUUCAUCUAAAAUUAGUAGAGUUCUAACAUCAAAGGAGUAUUUGCAAAGGCAGAAGCACAAAGAAGCAAUGGGUAGCAAUGCAUCAAAGAAAAGCUAUGUGAGAAUUGUACCAUGUGAUUCUCAAUACAUGAAGUCCAGUAAACUUCCCAUGCAGGUUGGGAAUUGUGGGAAAUCAAAUGAGAGACCUAACAGCAGUGUACAGACUUCUAAAGAAUCCUUAAAUACUCACUCAAGCCAUGGUAAAAGCCUCAAGAUUCACCAUUCUGAGGAAUCUAAAACAUACGUUUCAAGAAGUGUUAAGGGUAUCGUUGGUGGAAAGCAACCUGAUAAAAUGUGGAUUGAUAAAACCAGGUUAGACAAAACUUCAGGCAACAUAAACAGUGAAGUGGAAUUCAGUCAAAUGUCUCCCCAGUCGAAGGAUCAAAGGAAACUGUAUCUGAACAGAGUUGCAUUUAAAUGUACUGAGCGUGAGAGCAUUUGUCUCACAAAAUUAGAGAGUUCACCCAGGAAGCUUCAUAAAGAGAAGAGACUGGAAAAUAAACCUCAGAGCCUCUUACCAGUGAAAGAUGCCACAGAAAAACGAAGCAUGCUGGAAUUUAAAUUAUGUCCAGAUGGACUGAUGAAGAAUACAAAUUCUGUUCAUGACUGGAAGGAUCUGCAGCCUUGUCCUAGGAAGGAGCAAGCACCUGUGCAAGUUUCAGGAAUAAAAAGUACUAAAGAAGACUGGUUAAGAGGUGUAACUGAGGAGAAAAGGAUGCCAGAAGCCAGCCAAGAAAUAGAUAAUGUUUUGGCUAAUUCGAGACUCUCCAAGAGAAGCUUCAGUGCAGAUGGAUUUGAGACACUACAAAAUCCAGUAAAAGAUUCAAAAGCAAUGUUUCAAACCUACAAAAAGAUGUAUAUGGAGAAGAGAAGCAGAAGCCUUGGUAGCAGUCCUUUAAAAUAAUUUUGAGGGUAAUUUUUUUGAUGGUUCUGUAAUUGGCACCAGAAAAUUCCUGCCAUUUUUUGUUCAGGGUAUUUUGCUGGAAAUGCUCAGAAUUACCAUAAUAAAAUCUCUCUCAAGAGUUUGGUUACCACUUAAGUUAUGUAUAUCAUUGAAAUUACUUAAUUAAAAUGGCUUGAGGACCUUACCUGUGGGUACCAGGCAUAAGAAAUAGAUGGUAUUUUUCAGGGAAACUGCAAGGUAUUGAAUUUUGACAUUAUUGAACAAAGUUUACCAUUGUUUAUUUUGAAAUGCUAAUUAUCCAUCCUGAGCUAGGGCUGUUCUCAGUUAAGUACUUGUUUAUUUUAGCUGGGACUGUAAAUAUGUUUUUAUUUCUAAAGCUUAUUAGCAAUACUUAUUUUUUUAAAAUGCUCACUGUGAAUGUCAGAGUAUAUUCUUAAGUAUUUUAUACCUAAUUGUAAACAUUGUCAGAAGUCUUGUUUUGUACUUGUUAAGCUGGACAUAAUUUUUGGAUAAUGUUUAAACAUUACUUUUCAUACUUGAAAUAAACAUUUAUUUUUAAAAUA